GGUAUCCACCACUAAUCGUCAAGUUUAAACAUUGUUUUUAUGUUUCUUAAUAACCAAAUGUCAAUUAGUUAGUAAACAAAUUUAUGGCAUAAAAAUCUGAAAUAUUAUAGAAGAUUCUUUUAUUGAAGUGAUUAUGGCAGACGAAUCUCUUAUGAAAAAACCUGCCAGUAGCAAAAAUGCCUUGGCACAAAAUCCGAAUGCGAAUAAAAAACGAAAGAAACGAGAUAGUGCUUCAAGUGAUGAAGAAAGAUGGUUAACUGCCAUAGAAUCUGGAAAACUGGAAGAUGUAGAUGAUGAAUUGAAGAAAAUUAAACCGAAAGAUCCAGCUUUGAUGACAGCCCGACAAAGAGCCAUGUAUGAUAGGGGCAUGGAUGGAAAUGGAAGUGUCAACACUCCAACUCUUAUGUCAUUACCUACAGGAUAUAAAGAAAAAGUAAUGACUGCAGAGGCAAUUCAAAAAGCUGCUAUCAAGUCUUUAAAACGAAAACAAUUAGCUGAUGAAAAACGAGAGAAGGACAAAAAGAAAACUAUGGAAAGACUUUUGAAAAAACAAGAUUCAAAAUUAUCAAAACAGUCUAAAUCAAAAGUCACCAAAAUGACAGUCCCUGUUAUUAUUUAUAAACAAAAUUCCAGUAUAACAAGUAUUAGUUUACCUGAAGGUUUAGAAUAUCCACUUAGUGCAGCUGUUGCACAUGUACCACCAAAACCUAUUCUCUGUGCAAUGGGUUGUGGAAAUUUAAAAAAGUAUUGUUGUGCACAAACUGGUGUAGCGUUAUGUAGUUUAAAAUGUUAUAAAAAUAAUAUUGCCAAAGUUAUAUUUUAAUUUAUUUAAAUAAGAUGUUUGUUCUCAAUACAGCGUUAAACAAAAUUAUGGUCAGAUAUAUUUCUAAAGUAUAUAAUAGCACCAUAAAAAUAUUACUUUCAUCUUUAUGUAAUAAUCUUGUUUAUAUGGCCCAAAUAUUUUAUUAUUUUAUUAAAUUACUUGAAAAUAUAACAAUGGUUUUAUUACAAAGUUCUAUAAAUUAUUUGUUAAUUUGGUAUAAUAAAAUGAUAUUUAUUUGUACACUAAUUAGACAUUUUUUAAACUAAUAUAAUUUUUAUUUAACAAAUUUACAGACAUUUACAAUAAAAAUGUAAUACAAUAGACAAUGUUGCG